UUCUUGCUGAACCACGCCCCCGCUCGCGCGCAUCUUUCGCAUUGGCCAAUAGGAACGCAAGGAGGCCUUUCUCCUCGUUCUUGAAUUCCCUCAGGGUUGGAGGGGGAGUCACGUGCGGCUUUACUCGGAUCCGGAUUGGACGGGGAAGCGCGAGGGCGCUGAGGUAUUUUGUGGAAGGUUUUGGACCAGAUGGUCCUGUCGUCUGGCGGCCCAGUUAUAGUGGUUCGAGCCGUGGAGUACGGCUCUGGAGGCCCCAUUCUCCUAUGGAAACCCACUGGAAUUUGAAUACUAACAUUCAGCGGACAUAAUGUGGAAUAUGAUCAAAAUAUGAUGAGUAGGUAUUAUAGAUAAGGACAGUCUGACUGUAUGAAAACUAGAUGAAUAAUACAUUAUUUGAUAUGCUUUACCCUGAAGGCAAUACUGAUGAUGAGCAAGAAGAUUUGCCUUAUGAUGGGGAUCUACAAAAUAGCUAUCAAUACAAUUAUGUUUCCCAAAACUUCGAAGAGUUUCCUUCUAUGGAAAAUGCCUCUCAAAGCGCUUUGACUUUGACAUCUUCCCAAAUGAGCUAUUGUUCACAAGAGAAAUCAGAUAUCAAAGUGCAGCUGCCUCGGAAGAAAAUAAAUCUUGUGUCUCUUUCAAGGGAAAAUGACAUGGAAUUUACUAUGACAGCAGGAAAAGAAUUACUAACUUGGGAUGCUAUUGGUUCAGGAAGAAAUCAACAUAUCUCCAACUCUAAAAUCUCAAAAGUCCUUUUGCGUCAUUUUCCCAAAGAGGAAUUAGCAAGUUCGUGCAAUUUAAUUGAUUUAGAAACAAUACCGGAAAUAUCAUUUACUGAAAGUUUUGAUGAAACUAUCCAAAAUAAAAUUAAGAGUUCAGGAAAUGCAAGGAUAUUUUUGUCAAGGGAAGAAGAAGAAAAUAACAUUGAACAAAAAAUAACAUGUGAAUCAGCUGAAAAAAGUUGGGAUUUCAUCCAAGUUGAGCAGUUUACAAUAAAGGAUAGCAUUAAUGCCACUGAUGAGAGAAAAGACCUCAAAGAAAAUAAUUCACAAUUUGUAACCCAGAAAGAAGACACAAUCAAUGAAGAGUUGGGUACCUCAACCCCAAAAGAUGAAUAUAAAGACCAAAAAUACUUAAUGGAAAUAAAUGAAUCUUCUCAAAAUAAAAAAUACAGUCAACAUCAGGUUCAUUACCAACUACCUGAUUUUUCUAAUAUUGCUCCUAAGAUUAAAAUACCCAAAGGGAAGAGUAACAACAAGCCAAAUCGUAUAAUUAAAAGAACUAAAUCUUCCUCAAAUUUGCUUGGUAAAUCAGCAGUUGUGAAAGACAUUCUAGAAGCAAUGAAUUCUUUGGAAUCUGUUGCAGCCAAGAACGAAGAAGAGGAAAUAAGAAUAGCUGAACUUGACCAACAUUUAGAGAUGCUGACAAAACACGCUGAAGCUCAGAAUCAUAUUGAUCACCUUAGGUUUAAUGCUAAGAUACUUCCAAGCUCAAAUUCUCAUAGAACAAACUUCAAUAUUAAAGGACAAGGCACUGGAAUAAAUUCUGAGCUGUCAACAAUUCCACCCGUAACUGUUCCUGUGAAGCCCAUGCUUAAUUUCUCCAAAUCACCUUCAGACUUGCAGUCUAGAGGAAUGGUCUCGCCCUUAGCUGAUGCAAGAAAACCGUCACCCAUGAAUCCAUUUUUGUUGCAAAAAGUAACAGAAGAAAGAAAGCUUUUGCAAAUGUUGAAGGAACAGACAGAAGAGAUGAAAGCAAAAGUGGAAACAUUUUCUAAAUGUAUGACAGAAGGUGUAUUGCCAGCAGAGGAACGCCAUCAGCUUUUAAAGCUUUUAAAAGGGCAACUGGACCAACUGGAACAGAAUUACUUAACCACGAAAGAGGAGCAUUGUGCUCUACGACUCCAAAGCUACAAGUAUUCCUCAACCAGCAUUGUAGAAUUUGAUCCUGACAGAAAAGUAGAAGGAGAAAUAUUUAAGCUUGGGAUGCUGCUUGAAGGUAUCGAAGAUAAUAUUGAUAAAACAUGCAAUCCCCAUUCCUCAGCAUUUGUAACAUCACCUUCAUUCACAUCUCCCAAAUCUGUAUCUUAUUCUUAUUCAAACCGUUCUGAGAGUCCUGUGGUUUCCAGCAGUAGUCACUCUCCAGAAAAGACUGCUAUGGAAGUAAAUAUCAAACAUGAGAAAUAUGGAGAGGACAGAAGUAAUCACAUGGAGGAGAAGAGAUAUCAGCAACCUAAUCAAGAUGGUGGAUGUCAUCUCUUCCAGCCACAAAAUUUAAAUUACUGGGAAAUGAAAUCUCCACCUCCAGCCAAUCCCCGCAGUACAAACCAACCUGAAUCUGCUCCAGUUGGUCUCAGUAGAUCAAAAGAACAAGCAAAUCCCACUUAUCCUUCAAAUCAGUUUCUUGAAGGGUUGGGAAAUUCGUCAAAGGAACACAAUAUUAUUAUACAUCCUAGACUGAAAAUACAGUUAUCAAAUAGACCAGCAUGUUCCUGUUCUUCCAAUAGAAAUAAAAAAGUGGACUACAGGAAAGCAGACAGAGGAAAAUCAGAUUGUGAACAGUUCUCUAUCUUCUUAGAAGGAAAAGCAGCAGAUUUCAAUUCAUCAGAUAGUGAUUCAGAAGAGACCUCAUUCUGUGACCGUCUCAGUUCAAGUACUGAUGCAUGUCUGGAACAAAACCAUGGCUCAAUUACAGUGGAUUCAAACAAACCAAACCAAGCUUCUUCACAAAAGGCAGAUACCGGCUUUCAAAGAAUUUAUGCAGAUAAACAACCAGAACAGUUUAUAGACAGACUGUGGGAAAGGCACAAUCGACAUCUUCCAGAAACCCGCUAUUCAAAGAUGCAGGACACCAUUAUCCUUUCGCCACAGUAUCUGGGUCGUAGGGAUCUGUAUGGAAGGAGGUUAACAAGUCCGGAGAGAAGCAGGCACACAAAUGCUGCGGUGCUCAGUUCCACUUUGGAUGGCGUUAUAGAGACUGCAAACAGCUUGAAGAGAACUUCAGAACACAUGAUGCAAGUUAUUUCAGAAGAUUUAGCCAAGGCCAACAUUCAGACAUUGUCAAACGUCACAGGGAGUCAGCACUGUAUAUGAAUGAAUGUUAUGAAAACUAUCAAAACAAUGUCUGAACAUUUACAUUAG